UGCAGGUUUAGGCCUUCAUAGUUAUUGACUAAUUAAAAAAAAAAAAAGAAUUGUAACCAUAGUAAAAUAUAUUGGCUGUUUAAAUACAUGCAUAAUCACAAAAACAGCCAUGUGCUGGUUGUUCGGUUGGCAUUCAUAAUAUUUCUUUUAGCCUUAAUGAUAUUUACCUGUAAUGAUACAGAACACCCUCAAGCUGCCGAGCCAAACUGUACAAUAAAAUACGUCCCAUUCAGUAAGUUAACUGCUAAUUACGUUAAAACUACAUUACACCACAACUAUAAUUGCCUUCACAAGCAUGUAAUUAACAUUUGUGUCUGUUUCUUUCUGAGAGGACAGACGGAGGGAUGACAGCUGGGCCUGAAGCGAGAGAGCGCUAACUACCCAUUUGGUUUAGUGACCCGAGCAAAUGGUGUGCAAAGAGAGCAAAUUCUUUCCUGAGAUCUGUGAUGUGACACGCAACAGCUGCACUACGCUCUGUUAAAGUAUCCUCUCAGCUCAUCAUGGAGACCACGAGUCCCACCACCACUACAGAAAAGAAGGAAUGCAAGGGGUCAGGCCUGGAUGGCAGAAGUUUCUCAGACCUUCCCAAAAAGCCCUCACCGACUACAGCAUCCCGAGCUCCUCACUUAUUCUCAACCUUCCACACGCCGAUACCGAUCGACAUGCGCCACCACGAGGGGAGGUACCAUUAUGAGCCACAUCCUCUGCACUCCAUACAUGGACCGCAUGGAUUAACUGGCAGUCCAGUUAUCUCUGAUAUCUCUCUCAUCCGACUAUCGCCUCACGCUGCAACUACCGGAGAAUCACCCUUCAACCCACCUCAUCCGUAUGUCAACCCACACAUGGAGCACUACCUGCGAUCAGUCCACAGCAGCCCCACGCUCUCCAUGAUCUCCGCAGCACGUGGACUGAGUCCUGCUGAUGUGACCCAUGAACACCUGAAGGAGCGAAGCUUGUUUGGCCUGCCCCCUCCCCCACCAGGUGCCAACCCUUCAGAGUACUAUCACUUCAUUGCCAGUCACCGCAGCCCUUAUGGAGACCUGCUCAUGCCGACGGCCGCCGCAGCUGCUCAUCUCCCUGAAUACAUGAGCCCAGUGGACAUGUCCCGUUUCCCCAGUCCCAGACUGACGCCGAGGGUGAGCAGGAAGCGAGCGCUGUCCAUCUCUCCAGUCUCGGAUGCCAGCAUCGACCUGCAGACCAUGAUCCGCACCUCGCCCAACUCUCUGGUGGCCUACAUCAAUAACUCCCGCUCCAGCUCGGCUGCCAGCAGUUCUUACGGCCACCUCUCCGUUGGGGCCAUCAGUCCCUCCUUUACGUUCCCACAUCCUAUCACACCGGUUGCAUACCAUCAGCUGCUGUCCCAACAGAGAGGUCUAAAUGCAUUUGGACAUACUCCCCCUCUCCUGCAGCCUUCUCCGUCCCUCAGCACCAGGCAGACACUGGUGGCAGCAGCUGCUCUGACCAACAACAAUAGCGCCGACACAAACACCGAGUCCAGCCAGAAUGCUGGUGGAGACCCGGCUGUCAGCAGCACGGUCAACCCUAUGAUCUUCAAGAGGUCAAAGGUGAAGACUGAAGCAGAUGAACCCCGCCCCAUCUCACCUGGUUCUCAGGAUCACAUGGAAUUGCGAGAGGAACUUGACAAGGAUGAAUGCAAGCAAGAGCCUGAGGCCGUGUAUGAGACCAACUGCCACUGGGAAGGAUGUUCCAAAGAGUACGACACCCAGGACCAGCUAGUUCAUCAUAUCAAUAAUGACCACAUCCAUGGGGAGAAGAAGGAGUUUGUGUGUCGAUGGGAGGAAUGCUCACGAGAACAGAAGCCUUUUAAGGCCCAGUACAUGCUAGUGGUCCACAUGCGCCGACACACUGGAGAGAAGCCCCAUAAGUGCACAUUUGAAGGUUGCUCAAAGGCUUACUCGCGACUGGAAAACCUCAAAACUCACUUGAGGUCUCACACAGGGGAGAAACCUUAUGUAUGUGAGCAUGAGGGUUGUAACAAGGCGUUUUCCAACGCUUCAGACCGAGCCAAGCACCAGAACCGCACGCACUCCAAUGAGAAACCAUAUGUGUGCAAGAUCCCAGGUUGCACAAAACGCUAUACAGACCCCAGUUCUCUCAGGAAACAUGUGAAGACUGUUCAUGGUCCAGAAGCACAUGUCACUAAGAAGCAGCGUGGUGAUGCACCACCUAAACCUCACCCUCCUAAAGGGAAUGGAGAAAAUGAGGCACACACAAAGCAUGCAAGGGGAAGAACAGAAGGGUCAGGGGAAGCCAACAGCACCACCCGAGAUGUGGAGGAUUGCCAGCAUGUUAAAUCUAUCAAGACGGAAAACACAGUGAUGUAUCAGUCCAGCCCUGGUGGUCAGUCAUCAUGUAGCAGUGAGCCAUCGCCACUUGGCAGUGCCACCAACAAUGACAGUGGAGUAGAGAUGGCCAUGCACAGUGGAGGCAGUUUGGGGGACCUGAGUGCUUUAGAUGACAUGCCUGUAGUAGAUUCUACUGGUUCUCCAGGUACUUCUGCAGGAGUGGGUCUCCAGCUGCGUAAAAACGGGGGAGGACUACUACAUCUUAAAAACAUCAAGAAGGAAAAACUAAAAACUGUAAGAGACCCCUGCUCCUGGGCAAAUGCAUCACCUCAAGUCCGAAAUACCAAGCUGCCUCCAAUACCCUCUAUUGACUCACUGCUGGAGGCUCCAAAUAUGGGCAGUCAGAUGCCUGGACCUCCAACCCAACGUUUAGGAGACUUGUCUUCGUAUGAGAUGACAAUGCUAAAUCAGCUGCAAGAGCGCAGAGACAGCUCCACCAGCACAAUGAGCUCAGCAUACACGCUAAGCCGUCGGUCCUCCGGUAUUUCACCCUGCUACUCCAGUCGUCGCUCUAGCGAAGCUUCGCAAUUUGGUGUCCGCAACAACAACAUCAGCUCAGCAGACUCCUAUGAUCCCAUCUCCACAGAUCUGUCGCGCCGUUCCAGCGAAGCUAGCCAAUGUGGUGGUGUAGGUGGACUCACAAGUUUACUAAGUCUCACGCCGGCCCAACACUACCGUCUCAAAGCGAAAUACGCCGCAGCCACAGGAGGUGCGCCACCAACACCUCUGCCCAACAUGGAUCGCAUGAGUCUUAAAACUAGAAUGGCCCUGUACAAUGACUCGCAGGAAAGUUCAGCACAUUUGCACCAUUCCCAAGGUGUAAUCAACUCAAGACGCUGCAGUGACACUGGCUACGGUGCCCCUGGCAUGAUGCCUCAUGAAGUUCCAGCCAACCUUCCACGACGAGCAAGCGAUCCUGUUCGUCGUACAACUAUCGACCCGCUCUCCUUGCCAAGGGUUCAGCGAUUCAACAGUAUUAGCAACAUGACCCUGUCACGUUUGCCUGCGAUAGAUCGCCAUGCUUUCAACUUGCAGAGCAACACCUGGUCUGAUGGCAGCUUGCAUCGUCAUCCCUUCAGCCAGAGGCCACCUAGUAUUUCAGAGAACGUUUUAAUGGAGAAUAUGGCCACUGAUGGAGGUGAUCAGCAAGAAGAUGAUAUGGUGCUACCAGAUGACGUGGUACAGUACCUCAACACCCAGAAUGGUAGCUCAAAUCAGGACCCAGGGAUUUCUGUCAGCUAUGGUCAUGCACUAGACUUCCAUGGUAAUAUGAUCUCCCAACAACAGUUCUACGGACAGCGGCGAAUGGGCUUGGCAAACAACAACGGAAGCCAGGUAGAGCCUGUUUGCUCAGGUCCAGAGCAAAUGGCCAAUCAGCAAAGCAUGAACAAGAACAACAUGCCAGUGCAAUGGAACGAGGUCAGUUCUGGUUCUGUGGAUACAACUGCAAGGCUUCCAAAGCAGCAACAACUCAGAGGGAACUUGACAGUGGUUCAGCAGAAGCAAACCUUUGGCUCUUACCAAGGAUUUGGCACUAAUCAGCAGGUUGUACCAAUGAGCCAGAAUCUGGCUAGCCUGCAACAGGGUUAUCCACAGAGGGCCACCCAAAGGAUGAACUCUGUCCAGCAGUAUCGGCAAUCUGUUACCAAUCAGUGUCAGAAUCUCGGCGGGCAAGUAAACCCUCAACCGGGAUAUCGGCAGGACCUCAAUUACAACUCCAGUCACCGCCUAACAUGCAACACCAUGGGUCCACCCAAUGGGAGAGCAAUGCAAAACCAGGAGAUGCAGAAUUACAGAUCCAACUUUUCACAUAUGAACAACGUCAACCAGCAAAAUUAUGUCGCAGCGGUUCAAAAUGCAGGCAGAGGUCUGAUACAGCCCAGACCUCCGUCCGAGCCCAAACCUUUAAACAGACAACACUCGGGUUCAGCAAUGGUUCAGCAAAAUGGUUGCUCCCUGUCCAACAUCAACUCCUCAGAAGCUAGCCCAAAGAGACCAGGUGACUUCGGUCAACACAGCAAUGGGAAUGGCACUAUGUACUAUUCAGGAGAGAUCCAUAUGUUAGGCAGUAGUGUGGAUUAUGGUUCUCCCAUGUCUCCAUGCGCAAACCAAGCCCCAGCUGCUUCAGUGUCUACAAUGGCAUCUCCUGGGGUUAACCAGGUCACCAGCACAGUGGACUCCACUCAAACCCUCGAGCACACUCAAAUAGACUUUGAUGCCAUUUUGGAUGACGGAGACCAUUCGAGCCUGAUGUCUGGCACAUUAAGUCCAGGCCUUCUGCAGAGUCUUUCACAGAAUUCCUCACGGCUCACCACCCCGCGUAACUCUGUUACGCUAGCCUCGAUACCGGCAGGCAUUGGCAACAUGGCCAUUGGUGACAUGAGCUCAAUGUUAACAGCCCUUGCAGAGGAAAGCAAAUUCUUAAACAUGAUGGCUUGAGAAUUAAAGAAGUUAAUCAGGGGUUGCUUUUUGAUCUAAAGACAUUGAACAAUUAAAUGAAACAGAAUACAAUUAACUGUUUAAGAACACUAAUUCAUGCUCUAAGAGGAGGAAAAACAUGUUUAUGCAUUAUUUUCAUGAGCAAAGGCACUGAAAUACAAUUUCUGACAAGUUAAACUUGCAGCAUUUCAGGUGAACAGUCAAUUACAUUAUCAGACAUUUGCUAACAACUGUUGUAUGCAACUAGGCUGGCAAAGACCUCAAAAUGACAUGUUUCACAAGCCAUAUGUUCAGUAUAAGUUUGUUUGUCAAUGCAUAUUAGUGUACAUCAGGGUAAUGGUUAUUGGGCUUGUGUAAGUCUGAUUUAUCCUUUCUCAACAGUGCACUGAAAUUCACUAAGUGCCUCACUUAAAAGAACAUAAGUAUGUUUUUAAACUCAUUUAAUGCUAUGUAAUCUGGUAUGUAGCUAUACUUAUAGAUUUAUGGAUAUUUUUAUUGCAUUUUGCUCUGUUUUGUUUAUAGUUAUUCCAUAUCCUUCAUGCUUUAAAUUAUGUGUAAUGCAUAUUAACUGCACAAGCUUGUUCAGUGUGCACAGUGCUCUGAUGUACCCCCUUGUCACUUCUGUGGGGUAUUAUAAAAAAACUGGUGGAAAAUGAAUUUCUGCUCAAUUCCUCAAGGAUGGUCCAUUUCAUCUAUAUUGACGGAUUCCCUUGAAGCACGCUCCAGGAGUUACAGAUCUCUGUAGUUGCAUCUGAUCCGGCUGUGUGAUAGUGAAGGACAGCAUUACGUCUCUGAGCUUCAGUCUGCGGAGGCCUGUCAACCCGUGUGUCCUUAGAGAUGCCUUUAAAGGAAUAUGCAAGUACUCUGUGUGCUCUCAGCGGAGAUUGCAUCCCAAUUAACAGGUUCAUCACCCUCUUGAGCUUGUGAUGAACCACAGGCGCAUACUAAAAUGACUUCUGCCUUUGAUUUAGUACUGUUACAAGAAAUUUCCACCAAGGACGGAGUGAUUUUGAAGGUCUGAACUCUCAGAGUUCUUAGUUUUUUUUGUGAUGCCAUUUGCAGAACUCAACAUUUGUAUAGCUUUUGUACAUUUUCAAUACAGCAUCUUCAUUUCUGUUUUAA